AUGGUUCAACUCACCGAGGUUGUCGACGAGCACUUCCAGGAGGGUCAGGUUGGCCCCGAGGACGACGAUGAAGACUACUCUGAUACCGACUCCGAAAUCUCCACGGAAUCCGACUAUGAUCCCCUCAAUGAGACUUUCGGCGAGCGCCUCUACGCGCUGCGCGACAUCAUUCCUCCCCAGACCCGCGCCAGCAUCUCCAACGGCGUCACCAACACAACCGAUGCCGUAAAGUCGGUGCUCUCCUUUGGUGGCAAGACUCUUUGGGUCAUUGCCACCUCGGCAAUGCUGUUGGGUGUGCCGUGGGCACUGGCCUUUGCUGAGGAGCAGCAGGUCAUGGAUAUGGAGAGGGAAAUGAAGAUGCGUGAGAUGGGUAGCGACAUCCUUACUACUGGUGAAGCUGGUGCUGAGGGCUCAGCCACUGCUCAGCAGGUUGGCGCUGCGCUCGACCGUGCCGAGGCCAAGCCCGCCCUGUAA